CUCAGUGGUCUCCCAGCAACACCAUGUAAAUAACUCGAUGCCUCUUUUCUCUGCAGGCUAGAGCGCACGGUCGUGUACGAGACAUGAAUGAAGCACUAGUUCGAUUCCCGGUCGUUUGAUGGACUCGCUGAACGAGACGUUAAGUUCAACCUGAGAACGCGACCCGGGGCUAAUUUACAGACACCAGAGAGACAGCUGAUGGUUGCGGGCUAGCCAAUGGGGCUGUUUGACAAGUUGGCAGGAUGGCUGGGGCUGAAGAAGGAGGUGAACGUCCUGUGUCUCGGCCUGGACAACAGCGGAAAAACCACAAUCAUCAACAAGCUCAAGCCUUGCAAUGCUCAGGCACAAGACAUCGUCCCGACCAUUGGUUUCAGCAUAGAGAAGUUCAAGACAUCCAGUCUUUCCUUCACAGUGUUUGACAUGUCUGGUCAAGGCAGAUACAGAAACCUCUGGGAGCAUUACUACAAGGAAGGUCAGGCGAUCAUAUUUGUCAUUGAUAGUGCAGACAAACUGAGGAUGGUUGUUGCCAAAGAAGAACUGGACACGUUACUAAAUCAUCCUGAUAUUAAACACAGGAGGAUCCCCAUCCUUUUCUUCGCUAACAAGAUGGAUGUCAGGGAUGCUCUGUCGUCAGUCAAGGUCUCUCAGCUGCUCUGUUUGGAGAACAUCAAAGACAAACCCUGGCACAUCUGUGCCACUGAUGCUCUGAAAGGAGAAGGUUUGCCGGAGGGAGUUGACUGGUUACAAGAUCAAAUCAAAACAAUAAGAACAUGAGGGCCUGAGUGUGGACACCCUGGAAGCAACAGCAUCUGCGGAAGUCUUCCAUGUAAGAUGUGUUGACCAUAGUUUUAAAAUUACAAUGGGACAGAAAUAUAUUUUUUAAGGUUCUUGGAUGUGUGUGAAAAAGUUAGCGAGAGACAUACAAUUUGUUGGACUGUUCAUUUUGGGCAAAUUCUUUUUUUCCAUAAACAGUUUUUGAGUUAAAUACAGGUGUUCAAAGGGACAAAUAACAUCUUAAAAAUUAUUUGGGGAAAUGUUUACUUCUACUUACAGUAUCCCUUCCAUUUUUCAACCCUUAUCUUCGUGUACCAGGGAUCAUGAUGCUCUUGAGCAAGUCAUUGUCUGACAAAUGGUAUGUGCCAGCAUCCCCUGCUAGCUGAUUCAGACCGGCACGACAUUAUACCAGUGAUGUAAGCUCAAUGUCUUAUCCUUUAUUUUCCACUGGCUCACAUCACUUUUUUAUGACUUGAAUUUGUGUGCUGUGUCAUAUUCUAUUCUUUUUCUCUGCACCCUCCACCUUUACAGCAGCAGUUAGAAGUUUAUAGCCGCUGCUUGAGAGGAGGUAACAGUCUUUGCCUCAGAUUGGUAAAGUACAUGUGAUCUGUCUGGCUUCAAACACUCUCGCCCGCUCUUAGGGCCUCUGUAGAUACAUUACUCAGUUAAGUGGCAGUAAGAAAUGCCAUUAUUUCCUGACGAUUCGUUAGCUGUUGGUUCUGUGUGCGCCGGAAAAAAACAUUUUUUCAGCAGAGCCCUGGCUCUGUAAAUUGAAAACAAACAACCAAAAUGGUGCGGACUGCACCACACAACACUACGUGUAAAGUUUGUAAACGUCACUCCCCGACACCUUAAGAGAGGGUUUUGUCCUCAUGGUUGGCGCGUCCGUCUCCCAUACUCGCAUACUACCACUCCAAAGUUUCUCCAAAAUCGCUUACUGCCCCUUUAAGUCAAGAAUCAUUUACUUCUGCAGCAGAGGCAACAAAUGUUCAUACACUCCAGUUCACAUCGCCUUUCUCAAACGUGUGUGUUGGGCCAUCUCACUGUCACACUAAAAAAUUACUUACUCCGGAAUAUCUUUACUGCAGCCAAGAUUUAAUGCAGCAGUUUUUUUUUUGUAGCUAUGAAAAAUGUAUUUUGCAAAUUGAAUGUUAUAAAUGUAGCCAAUUAAAUGUUUUCCUUGGA